UCGCAAACAGCAAUGGCGACUGCUUCUUUCUCGGAGAAAGUCAGCGACGACUUCAUCCAGUGUACGAUCUGUUGCUACAACUUCAAGAAGCCGAAGGUUCUUCCUUGCUUGCACACCUUUUGUGCGCACUGUCUGCGAGAAUGGGCCCAGAAGAACGACGGAGACACCUUUCCGUGUCCUAUUUGUCGUGAGCAAGUUUCAUUGCCCGAAAAUGGCGUCGAGGGUCUAAAGGACAACUUUUUCCUCGCUAGCCUGGUGAAAGCCGUGACGGAGCACCACAAGGUUCGCCACGGGCAGGAUGGCCUCCUCUGUACCACUUGUGACGAAGGGAAGCCAGCCACGUCCAGGUGUUCAGACUGUGCUGAGUUUCUGUGUGAGAGUUGUGAGUUGGCACAUCGUCUUCAGAGAGCUACCAAGGGCCACACCCUCUUCACGUUUGAGGAACUGAAGACGGGCAAAUAUGACGGUGUCUUCAGGACAAGGAAAGUUCCGCCGUGCCCCAAACACUCCGGAGAAAUCCUGAAGCUCUACUGUAGGACAUGCGAGACUCCGAUAUGCAACGAAUGUGCCUUGUUCGAACACAGGGACUUACAACUAUUACACAACAUAACGCGCAUUGAAGAGGUGGCCACUGAGAAAAGAAAGACAAUCUUAGAUCUCACACCACAAUGCCAGGCCCAAGUGCAAUUCUUCCAACGGACAGAAGAAGUUCAGAACCGCUUGAAGGAACAACUUCAGAAAAAUACAGAGUUGGCUCGUCAGAACGUCCACCAAACUGUACAAACAAUGGUUGCCCUGGUAAAGGAAGAAGGAGAACGACUUCUAGCUUGCAUCGAUACAGAAGAAACAUCCAGGAAGAAACAGAUCGAAGCAGAGAUAGAGGGAGCGCAGAUCGGUCUGGCGAGCGCCAAAAGCACCUGUGAGUUUGCAGAAACUCUAGCUCGGGAGGGAGGCGACUACGAAGUAGCGUCUUUCUCACAGGACAUGGCAACGAGACUGAUUGACUUGACGAAACCACCUAUCGGCACGGUGGACUUGGGACUGGUAAACAUUCCUGUUGAUUACUCGGUUAUGGGGCGCAAGUUUGAACAAAACAUCCCGCCACCUGGCCAAUACGUAAUGCUAGAAUCAACAGAGAGAGAACUACGUUCUUUGCUGAAAGGAGCAUCCCCAAGUCAGACGAGCAAACAUGGUAAGUACAAGUAG